AUGGCCCAAAUCAUUCCCUCCAUCACCUCGCUUCCGUCCGACUCGGGCGCUGCCCCCUCCGUCGAGGACAUCCAGGACCACCUUCCCUCCAUCUGUGUCGACUACCUGUCACAUAACUGGACCGAGGAGGAUGUCUGGGCAUCAUGGCGCAACAUGACUCGCCACAAGCACGAGAUCGCCAACGGUGUUCGUCUCGAGAACGCUUCCUGGCGCACCUGGCAGAAGCAGCGCAACAAGCUGCGUACCAUCUCUCCCGAGACUCUCAACUGGCUCAAGGAUUCCGACGUCACCUGGCUCUACGGACCGCUGCACACCGCCAACGUGCAGUCUGUCCCGGCCCCCAAGCUCCCCUCGGCUGCCGACAGGCUCGGCAUUGAGAAUGGAUCCGCCAAGCCGGGUAUCCUGAAGCACCGUACUUUGUCAGAGCUCCUCUCCAUUCCGGGAUCUUCUUCCCCAACCCAGGAGGAGGAUGACGACAGUGGACCGUCCGACUAUGUGACUGCGACGGGGAAGAGCAAGGGCAACAAGAAGCCCGCGCUCAUGAAAACCAAGUCGGACUCGCUGCUGUCGCGAAGCAACUCGCUUCCCGCCCGCCGCCGAGCGCCGCCUGACCUGUCGCUCGCAAACGACACGAAGAACAAGAGCAAGAAGGAGACGUCGCCCGAGAACACCAAGGACUCGGGAAAGCGUCACAUCACGUUUAACACAUUCGUCGAGCAGUGCAUCGCUCUGGAUGACCCUAUUGUGACCCGCGACGACUCGGACGAGGAGGACAUGCUGGAGAUGAAGACGUCGCUGUCGCGGUAUUCUAGCCGUUCCUCGUCUGGCCAGUCGGGUUCUUCGCAGACCAUCCAGAAGAUCCCGCCCACCAUGCUCAAGACUCUCGGAUCAUAUACCAACAACCCGUCCCUGCCGAGGAUGGUGUAUAUGCCUCCUCUCGAGUAUCGAUCACCUGGUGUCGAGGAGACCCCCGUCACCUCGCCCAUGGGCAUCCCCUCGCCCCGAGUCGCCAUGGCCGCCCGUCAGUGGAACAGCAACCCUGCUGCUGCCCAGAUCGAUGAGGACUUCCACACCGGCGACGACUACUUUGGAGGUCCUGACCUCACCGCCGGCCAGAGCCCCGCUAAGAGCGGUGUCAGCCCUGCCGCUGCUGGUCCGUACGGCCGCAGCCCUGUCGUCCAGCAGCCGCCUGCCCAGCCCAAGUGGCGGGCAGGCCAGGACAACUCGGCCCAGGCUUCGUCGAACUCGUCUUCCACUUCUUCCCUCAACGGCCUUGGCUCGCCCAGCCCUGGUCGUGGUAUCCUCAAGGUCCGAUCGCCUCAGCCGCCCAGCGCCGAUACUGGCAGCCCGGACCAGCUCUCUCCCCCCGUCUCGUUCAACUACAACCCGUCCGUUGCCACUGGAUUUGGAGGAUUGUACGGUAGCUAUGACGGCAGCCCUGCUCAGAUCCCGUUCAACGGCGCCCAGUCGAGCGAGCCCGAGGCCCGCGGCCGAUCGACGUCUCGGGGAUCGGGAUCGUCGCAGUAUGACCGAUCGACCGCUUCGCGCAACAGCUCGUCGAGCUCGAUUGGCAGCUCGAUUGGCUCCGUGUCCCGCUCGCCUGGCGACAACGCGGCGGCCCCGGCUGCGAUCCCCAAGCCUGUCCGUCCCGUGAACCCGGCCCUGGACAAGGUCCAGGAGGGCUCCGAGUGGCGACCAGCGCCGGCGUCGUCUACGCAGGAGCCGAUGGACGUGGACUACUCGCCCGAGCGGUCGACGACCCCGACGCCCCACUCCUCGCCGCAAAUUGUUUUGCGGCCCCUCAAAGACACUUCGCCAGCCUCCCUCCCCCACACCUCAACUCGGAAUGCAGUCCCCUCCCAUCCUCCAACAAAGUCACCGGCGGCACCGGACUUGAGCGCGGAAAUGCAGAUCGACUCUGCAUCCACCGUCCCCAUGUCGGCCCCGACAGGAAGGCGGUCCCCGGCCACCGUUGCGUCCACCGGGGCGCACGCAGAGCCGACCCUCUCCCAGCCCGUUGAUGACGACGACGGAUCAACCCUGAUCGGCCGCGCGACCAGGACCUGCUCGGCGCGCUGUGGUACGGCGCGCACGACGAGCAGCGAACGUCCCAGCCCGACCGGCGAAACCAUCGACGCGGCGGAUCCUUAG